CUCACAGCCCCAGCUGUCAGCUCCCUUCCUGACUUCCCCACCCUGCCCCCGGUACCAUGGCGUCCAGCGAGGAGGACGGCACGGUUGAGGAGAAGGAAAACAACAACAAGAAGAGAACGAAAAGCGCCCUCGCUACCGCAUGGCUCACCUUCUACAACAUCGCCAUGACCGCCGGGUGGCUGGUUUUGGCCAUGGCAAUGAUUCGCUUCUACAUCCAGAGAGGCACACACAAGGGUCUGUACAGGAGUAUAGCAAGGACACUCAAGUUUUUCCAGACCUUUGCAUUAGUUGAGGUGGGACAUUGUGCCAUAGGGAUUGUGAGGACUUCUGUGAUUGUAACCGGGGUUCAAGUGUGUUCACGGAUUUUCAUGGUUUGGUUCAUCACCAACAGCAUCAGACAGGUCCAGAAUGAAGAAAGCGUAAUCCUAUUCCUGGUCGCGUGGACACUGACAGAGAUUACCAGAUAUUCCUACUACACAUUCAACCUGCUCCACCACCUGCCGUACUUCAUCAAAUGGGCCAGAUACAAUCUCUUCAUCGUCUUGUACCCUCUGGGAGUCGUCGGGGAACUGCUGACCAUUUAUGCUGCUCUGCCGUUCGUACGCAGAUCUGGAAUGUACUCCAUGAGGCUCCCUAACAAGUAUAACGUGUCCUUCGACUACUACUACUGCCUCAUCAUCGUCAUGUUGUCCUACAUCCCACUGUUUCCUCAGCUCUACUUCCAUAUGCUGCGGCAGAGGAGGAGGGUGCUUCUCGGGGAGGUCAUAGUAGAGAAGGACGACUAGACAAGCCACCACCUCAUGCCUUCGUUUGAGCCAGCCCGCCUCUACCAUCACCAUCACCAUCACUUCCCCCUACUCCAUCUCCACCUCCAUCUUUAGCACCAAUCGGCCGUUACAUUCUUCAUAGCACGGGACCGGAAGAGCCACACAGAUGACGACCCGUCUGACGAGAGCGAUCAUCAGGAAGAAAGGAGUUCAUCAGCACUGAGCAAUAAUAACUGAUCCUACGUCUUUAUAGGAUUGAUUCCUAUCUGAAUGGUAAUAUUGGAAACAUGUUUACAGUCCCAGUGUUGCUGGAGCUUGAGACAGAAGCCUCGAUGUUGUGUCUCAGCACAGAGUCCUUUAUUCGCCCACCAGCCUUACUGCGCCUUGUUGCACUGACAAACAUGAGCCACAACACCUGUGUGAAGGAGAGAAAGGUUCCAGGGAAAUGUGAAAUGAAACAUGAGUGGAAGAUUGUAAGUUGUGUCUCCUGAAGUGUCCCCACAACCAUCCCAAUUGGCAGUUUGAUUAUCUUCUAAGUGUAUUCCACCGCGGUGAUUUUAUAGAGUGGUUGUACAAAACAAGGCUUUAAAAAAGAGAAAAUAUUUAUAGUUUUAUCAUACCUCAACAAUAAAUCCACAUUUAGACAA